GGAGCUUCCACAGAAUAAGCCCGUCUUUUGUCCACCUUGAAGCCCAUCAUUUUCGUCGCAGACCCAUCAACUUGGGUACUGUUGUCUUUCUUUGUUCCUUUUUUCUUUGCUUUCAUACUUGCAGCUCCUUCUCCCGCACACCAUGUUGUCCAGAGCUUGCCUGAGAGGCUUUGGCCUACAGGCCGUUCCCAAAAGACAGGCUUAUCAACUCGCUCGCAGGAGCGUCACGACCGAUGCCGCCAGCUCGCAUGCUGAGAGGGAUGAGGUUCCAGAUGACGAUGAACAGCCUUUCACAGUCAAGCUGUCCGACGAGAGCUUCGAGACCUACAACUUCGACCCUCCCCCCUACACGCUCGAAACCACCAAGAAAGAGUUGAAACAGAUGUACUAUGACAUGGUCUCUGUCCGUCGUAUGGAAAUGGCCGCCGAUAGACUGUACAAGGAGAAGAAGAUUCGAGGCUUCUGCCACUUGUCCACCGGCCAGGAAGCUGUGGCUGUGGGCAUCGAACACGCCAUUACCAAAGAAGACGCCAUCAUCACCGCCUACCGAUGUCACGGUUUCGCGUUACUCCGCGGUGGCACAGUCAAGUCCAUCAUUGGCGAACUGCUGGGACGUCGUGAGGGUAUUGCGUACGGAAAAGGUGGCUCGAUGCACAUGUUCUCCACCGGUUUCUACGGUGGAAACGGCAUUGUUGGUGCGCAGGUCCCCGUCGGCGCUGGCAUUGCCUUUGCCCAUCAGUACACCGGCAGCAAGACGGCCACACUGGCACUAUACGGUGAUGGUGCCUCCAACCAAGGUCAGGUGUUUGAAGCCUUCAACAUGGCCAAGCUGUGGAACCUUCCCAUCAUCUUCGGCUGUGAGAACAACAAAUACGGUAUGGGUACAUCGGCCGCCCGAUCCUCCGCUUUGACCGACUACUACAAGCGAGGACAGUACAUCCCAGGUCUCAAGAUCAACGCCAUGGACGUCCUGGCAGUGAAAGCCGCCGUGCAGUAUGGACGAGAAUAUACCACCAACGAGAACGGACCUCUGGUCUAUGAAUACGUCACAUACCGAUAUGGCGGUCAUUCCAUGUCCGAUCCCGGUACCACCUACCGAACACGAGAAGAAAUUCAACGUAUGCGAUCCACCAACGAUCCUAUUGCCGGUCUCAAGCAGAAGAUCCUCGAAUGGGGCGUGUGCACUGAAGAUGACCUCAAGAGCAUUGACAAGAAAGCCCGAGAGGCGGUGGACAAGGAAGUGGCCGAGGCAGAGCAAAUGGCCCCACCGGAGCCGACUCCCAAGAUCCUCUUUGAGGAUAUUUACGUCCGUGGAAGCGAGCCAGAAUACCUCCGCGGCCGAACACCCGAUGAGACCUAUUACUACUAAGGAAUUCUGGGGUUGCAAAAGCUUUUGAUUCCGAGUCUUGUGUACAUUUUAGCCACUGGAUUUCGUAGGGGGGGCGCCCGCGGGAUAGGGCUGAGGCGGGCGGGGUUGAUGGGAGCAUGUAAUUGAACUCGAGUAAACGGCGAUGAGAUGGUGCGGCGUAUCAGAACUAGGUCCUCGUUGUUGACAGCAGUACCUGACAAAAUCGAGAGUGAAUCUGAUAUGGUCUCAAUCGUUACAGUAGUCCGCUGUAUUGGGCGGAGUAUAUGGAUGAGUUAAUGAACAAACACGUGCUCCGAGCUAGGCACGAGCUAGGCUCAAAGUGUGAGUCCAG